UCCUGCAGCGAUAAGUACUGCUGCAGCUCGGACAAAAUUAGUCAAACUUAGCUUCCGACGAGUCCCUGGAACUAGUUGAUAUCUGCUGCGCGGAUAGAUACGCCAACUCUUUACGUAUGUUUAUCCACGAUAAGCCAGAUUCAGCCACUUGCCAUGGGUGAGUUACGCAGAUUGGAAAGGCUUCAAUGAAGUCAACCGCUGCCCCGCAUUACGGUCCAUCAUCUUUUGCUGCUCAUCCCUCCGCAGCUCCGCUCCUCUCAUGCUCGUUACAGCGUCCUGGCAUCUCGUGCGUCCCUGCGUAAUAGCAAGUGAGCAUGAUGCCUGACCAGUCUUCUUCAAAACGGUACCGUUGCACUUUCGAGGGCUGUGGCAAGUCAUUUUCACGGCCGGAGCAUGCUCAAAGGCAUGCCCUGAAUCACAGCGAAGGAGAAAACACGUGCUUGAGGUGCCGCGCCCAUUUCAAAAGGCGCGAUUUACUUGAUCGCCACAUGGUGCGCCAUCAAGAGAAAGACGCCGCAGCUGGUGGAGAGGGAUUGGGACAUUUAGCUACCCGAAAACGGUUGUGGAGGGAUGAAAAUGGAAAUGUUAUGGCCAAGAGGCGUCCUGAGCACGAGAAGCCGGCUCGACCCGCCCAGAAGAGACGAAAAGUGUCGCUCAGAUCGCUGAUUAGCAGCGAUUCCAAAAGUUCGGAUGAGCCGAUGCGUGAGCUACCGGAUACUGUUGACUAUGCGACCGAGCUGAACGAGGCGCCAUUGUCUCCGCCUAGAUCAAAUUCAGGUUCCAUUUCUGGACUGAACAAUGAUAUCCUUUUAGAUAUGCCCUCGUCAAGUCUAGAUCGGUGGUCAGUGUCUGAGGACAUAUCUGCUUUGCAUAGUCUUGACAAUGAAGACUUUUUGCGAAAUGGAUCGUGGGGAAUACAGCCUUUGGAAAAGCCGGGCCACGACAUACUGUUUGAUGAUAUCUUUGCGCCAGAUACGGCAAGCUCAUUCAAUAUGCCCUUCACGACAAUGAGCUACUACAACUGGCUUUUUGAUUCGAAGAUGUGGACCCAUCAGUCCCCCGGCCAGUCAGAAACUGCUCAAUACUUACCCACAGAAGGCCAGACUCUCAGUAACGAGAUGUCUCGUUCAAUAUCAUCCAUACACGCAGCGUCUGAGAAUUAUCCUGGUCUAGAAAAUCGUAGCAAAGCUGCGCAUGACAGGUUUUCGGAAACACCCAUUUCAUAUUCUGCGCUCGAAACUCUUGCUCCCGGCAAUAUAAUUGACCAACAACCGCUUUUUCCUCAAGGCUCCCUGAAUGGUGCUGAAAAUAAUUCGUCGCCCAGCCGCUGCAAGGACAAUUCCCCUUUAUCCAUUGGAACACCGCGUCUGGCUCCUGGCAGUGGCCUCUUCUCAAGUCAAUGCGUGAUUUCGAAUUCUUCUUCCAAUUCACGUAUCCAAGUGGAAUGCUCUGAGUCCAGAGAUAAUGGGGCUUCAACACUUGACAUUCCUGGAAAAAGCAGCUUGAAUAAUUCACGUUUGUCGGUGGCACGGGAUAGUGGGAAGCGCCUACCCCACCGGACCUCCGAAAGUGGAACACAGUAUGAGUGGCCGUCGGAAGAGGAAAUAAGGCCACGAGAGCACCUUUCUGCAAAAGCAAAUAGACUUCCUGUGAUCGACGAAACGGCCCGUCAGGGAAUUUUGCUGCUAAUUGACCACGCACGACCACAAACUCCAGACGGGGCUGAUAUAUCAAUUGAACACCCUCUACUCUCCCUCGGCGCACUUCAAACAUACAGUGAUCUAUAUUUCACUUGCUUCAACCUCUCAUAUCCUUUAUUACAUCAAGCAACAUUCCAGCCUUCACUCGUAAAUCCCCUUCUUCUGACCGCUGUGCUAUUACUUGGCGCGACGUAUAGUGAUAAGGAGGCGCAUCUCCUAGCAGUCUGUAUACAUGAUAUAAUGCGAGUAGAAAUCAUGUCCAACCAAGCUUUUAGUGCUCGGCCGUCUCUUUGGAUACUGCAGACUAUACUGCUAGUGGAAUGUUUUGGGAAGUCUCGUGCCGGUCAGGUGCAACAUGACAUGUCUCACCUCUUCCACGGCAUGCUUAUCAAUUUGAUCCGUAGAAGCGAUUGCCAAUCCGCUCGAUCUCCGGUGUUUACAGAGAGCUCUCUUGACCUGAAUGAUUACUGGAAGUCUGCAGUCGACGCAGAGCAACGUCGAAGGCUUGCUCUAUUCUGCUUCAUGUGGGAUACUCAACAUGCAGUUCUCUUCAGCCAGAGCUUGUGCAUGAAUGCAUCGGAAUUGAAGCUGGCCCUCCCAUGGGACUCUGCUAUGUGGGAAGCAGAGUCUGCUGAGAUGUGGUUUGCUCUCAGCCAAAAAGGGUCGCCCCCUCAAUUUCUCUCGGUAUUCAAGUCUUAUGUCAACCCGGGCACCGAACUUCCAAACACCCAUCUCAACGCUUUAUCAAGAAUUCUGAUCUUACAUGGGCUUAUGUCGGUGGCGUGGGACCUAAAUAGAAGAGAGCAGACUUCGCUUGGACUUGCGAUCACGGAUGGUGAAGACACUUGGCGAUCACGUAUUAUGCGUUCGUAUGAGGCUUGGAAGGGCGACUUCGAUGCAUAUUGCAAAGUAGCAAUGCGAUCUUUAUCGUUCGAUUCCGAAGCUAGGGCUCGGUUUCAGCGCUUGCGCGUCUCCUCUCUUGCGAUUUAUCAUGCUGCCCACAUUUCUCUUCAGGUCGAAAUCAUUGACCUGCAAAUACUAGCCGGUGCCAAACAUAUCAUUGGUCGUCCCGUUACUGAAUCCGACUAUGCAAGGUCUCGGCAGCGGAUCGAUAAUUGGGUAGAGACUAAUGUCGCGUCAGCUGUCAAAGCCGCUUCCCAUGCAGCGCAUCUUCUCCGAGACGGUAUCCGGAAGCUGAAAAAUUGGGAUGUGGAUAAUGUUUUCCAUUAUCCUUGGUGCCUCUACAUUGCAACACUUACUUGUUGGGCUUUCCAUACCGCUGGCUCUGGCAGCAAUGCCAAUGAAAUUCAGAGAUUCAGAACUAUGAGGCCUGAAAAACGCCGCGAAGCCGCAGAGAGUCAAAAUGACAGUAGUUUAGAGGAGGAUUACGAGGAGUGCGUGGAUUGGGAUGCGCGAGCUGAGAUGAACAUGGUGAUUAGCGCGAUGACACGGUCGAAUAUGGAAGAAAUGCGUCUAAGCCGUGGGAGCUAUGGCACGGCUGGACUUACAAAAAUCAUGACGAAACAUCUAAGCACAAUUCGGUGGGCCUUGGUCAGGGAGGGCAUGAUUGUUCUCCAAAGCUUAGAACAAAAUUCACGACCGUUGAAUGUGCUCGACCAAGCUUAUAGGUCGAAAAGGAAUGGUCUAAUUGCAAGGCUUCCAGAAAUGCGGUAACUCAUUGAACAUGUCUCUAAAAUACCCAGUAGAAAAAUAGAAUACCUUUCUCUAUACUGUCAGC